UCUGUAGAACGUCAGCGUUUCUGUGAAAACGUAGAAAAGCGGAGUUUCUGGCGAGAGAGAAGAAAAACAACAGCCGAACCGGUUCGUUCGUUGUUUCACCGGCUCUGACAUGAUUCACUUCGGCCGGUUUCACGGUUUAGAGGUCGUUUUGUGUUCUGCUUCACUUCGUUCACCGGCUUUUUCUGGGUCAAACUCCUCGAGGAGAUAAAUCAUCCAGUUCGCACUACGGAGAAUUCUCUCAGUCAGCCAGUUUGUCUCAUUUCCUGCUGGAUUCCUCGAACACAUGAUGCAGUAAAUUGUUCCAGCUCCUGAUUCGCUGAGGUGAAGCGUUUCUCUGAGUAUCUUAACCUAUCCUCUGGGCGACACCAUGACUCACUGAUUUUUUAACCUCCGCCGGGUCAGCUGACUGCCAUGUCGCCACCUAAUGGCCACUCCAUCAACUCCAUCGAUGCCCCCGCGGACGACAACGAGGACAGCGAACCUCUCAUCAAGAGCGAUGCAGCAGUGUCUCCUCAGUGCUGCUCGGCUCGCCUCAACCUCGCCGUCCUCAUGUUCUUCGGCUUCUCCGUGGUCUAUGGUCUGCGGGUCAACCUCAGCGUUGCCAUGGUCGCCAUGGUGAACAACACUGAUCCCACGCCAGCGAAGAACAGCUCCAUCGUGCACGCGUGUCCUCUGCCGUCAGCGAGAGGAAACACAAGUGACUCCUUCGUACAACCUGAUGGGGUCCCUCAGUAUCCCUGGGACUCGGAGACUCAGGGUUGGCUGCUGGGGGCGUUUUUCUUCGGUUACAUCUGCACUCAGAUCCCGGGAGGUUACCUGGCCGGUCACUAUGGGGGGAGCAUCUUCCUGGGUUUGGGUGUUCUGGGCACAGCUGCCCUCACCCUCCUCACCCCUCUGGCUGCUCAGAUGGGCUCCUACUGGCUGUUCGCUCUGCGAGCAUUGGAGGGCUUUGUCGAGGGUGUGACGUUCCCGGCCAUGACGGCAAUGUGGGCUCGGUGGGCGCCCCCACUGGAGCGCUCUCGCCUCAUGACCCUGUCGGGCUCUGGCUCAAGCUUUGGAGCCUUCGUGGCUCUGCCGCUCACAGGCGUCAUCAGCCAAGCACUGGGCUGGCCCGCUGUGUUCUACAUCUGUGGAGGCGCCGGUUGCCUCUGGGCCGUGUUUUGGUUUAUUUUGGUGUCAGAUGACCCUCGGACCCACCGUCGAAUCAGCAAAGAGGAGCGCGAUUACAUCAUCAACUCUAUCGGAACUCAGGGCACGGGUCACGGUUGGUCGGUGCCGGUGCUGCAGAUGCUGCUGUCCGUCCCACUGUGGGCGAUCAUCAUCACCCAGAUGUGUUCAAACUGGUCCUACUACACGCUGCUCACCUCUCUGCCCACGUACAUGGACAACAUCCUGCACUUUGACCUCAAAUCGAACAGCUUCCUGUCCGCUGUGCCGUACCUCGGUGGCAUGCUGGUCUCGCUGCUGUCGGCCGUUGCCGCCGACAGCCUCAUCGAGAGGAGAGUGUUGAGCGUCACCGCCGUUCGUAAACUCUUCACAUUCACCGGCCUCUUGUUCCCGGCUGUGUUCUUGGCCGCAGUGGGUUACGCCGGCUGCAGCCACGUCCUCGCCGUCACCUUCCUCACACUCUCCAUGGCCAUCGGGGGGAUCAGCGCCCCCGGAGUCUUCAUCAACCAGCUCGACAUCGCUCCUCGAUAUGCAGGAUUCCUUCUGGGAAUCACCAACACAUUCGGGACAAUCCCGGGCAUCGUGGCUCCCAUCGUGACGGGAUACUUCACAGAAGAUCACACACUGUCCGGCUGGAGGACGGUGUUCUGUGUCGCAGCCGCGAUCAACGUGGGCGGAGCGUUCUUUUACACCAUAUUUGGCAGAGGGGAGAUUCAGCCGUGGGCCGUCACAGAGGAGGAGAGAGCGGAGGCCGAGUCGAGGAGGAGCAGGUCCAUCUCCACAUGAUCCUAAAUCCUAUACAUCCAGAACCUCUAUUUUUAUAAAGACCAAAAAAAGAAAUAUAGAGUUUUUAAAAAGACAGAUUCACAGUCAGAGGAGGAGACAUAUAGGAGGGCAAAGUUAUAGUUCUACCUCUGUUACAUUUAAAUGCAUUUUAAUACGUGGUGAAGAAUGUGAGAGGUUUAUUUCCACAGAGAAGGUUUAAUAAAGUGAUUAGUUUUUAAGUGUGGUUGUGUGAGGUACUGACGAAACAUGGAAAACCAGAUUUACCUAUAGCUCAUCUACUGUAUACCUACUUUAGGCCUUUAGACCGACCGCUUUCUCCUGCUGGAAACUAAAGUUUGUUCCACUCCAACUUCCCUUCACCAAAUUCCAUAGAGUGAAUCAGUGAUUUUACAUCACGGCACACAGGAGUCACUGUGAUUCCCUGCUGCUUCCAUCCAGUAAAUUCAAAACAUGUUAUUCCUUCACAUCCGAGUGUGAAAUUCUUCAAGUGGCAUAAACUUACCAAAACAAGGCAGCAGUAGAACGCUCCCGUGUCCCUGAAAGCUAAAAACGCCUGAUUUUCUCUAUGUACUUUGGUGACUGGAGAGUGAGCAGUUUAUAAACUGCAGUUUCUAAGCCAUAAAAAGGCUGUUUUCGACGAUUUCUUUUGGAAAAAGGUCAUCAAACAGUAGCAGAAAUAUUCGUGAUAUAUAGACUGAAGUAAAAAGUGUUGCCAUGUGUCACUAGCUCAUACAAUCACACUUAAAAAAAAAAAAUCCCUCAAAAAGUGCACAUGUACAAGAAUGUCUUUGUGGAGGAGUGUUGGUUUCUACAGUGUCUGCACUAUUUUUAUUUAAAAAAAUAUGUUGCUGUUGUUACAAGAAGGCUUUUUAAUUGUUGGAUAGAACCCGGGUUCUUAAACUGUGGUAACAGAAAUACUGCUCUACUGUAUAUACCAGGGUCUUAAUGCCACUAUACCAGUGUGUGAAGUAUAUGUGAUGAAGAGGAGGCGGAGGAGGAUGAUGAGAGAGCAAAUUAUCUUAUUGGGAAUUCAUCUGAAUAAAAACGAACCCAUUGUCUAUUCAGGGCAGUUUUCACAAACAGGUACACAAACUUUGAAGGAUUUCAAGGACCCGUCUUGGGAGACCGGUGUAUUUUUAUUUGCGCCGACUCUUACUGCCUCAAUCGACCGACAAACGAUUCAUUCCACCUUUGUUUUUUACUGUAGAAGAGUUCAGUUUAAAGGAAACGGUGCCUUAACUCAGACCAAAAUGUAUGUGAUUUCUACCAAAUCACUUGGUAUGUUGAACAUGUUGAACAUUUUCAAGCUUUUCUUGGAACAGUGUUUUAAUGGGACCAAGUGUUUCUUUUAAUGCCUCAAUUACUUUCCAGUGGGACUGAAACAAACACUGUCCACACAAAGAAAAGACAAGACAAGACAAGACACAUCACCUUAAAUGCCUUAUAUUUGAUGUGGUGCCAAAGAAGAAGUGUUUUUAGUCUCACUCACUCAACCUUUUUACUGCUAGAAUGUCAACAAUGUUCAGCUCCUUUAAGGAAUAACGUGAUCACACAGCACAAACAGGACACUGUGUAAACACUGUGUAAACACUGUGUGCACUGAUGCAAUAAUUUAUUUAUUUACCUUCACUUCACUGUGAAAAUGUGUCACACGCACUAAGAUUUAGGUUUAUAGUUUUAGCUUAUCUUUUGAAAACGAUACAACUAUCGGGCUCGUUUUGAGAAGUUAAAAUCAUGACACAAAGCCUCUAAAUGUGUUCAUUUAUUCUUAAUCUUAAAUGUUUUAUCUUCAUUUCUAAGUAUCAUCGUAGAUUCUGUAUAGGGUUGGAAAAAAGGGUGGGAAAUUCCAGAAACUUUCCAUGGGAACUUUAGCCAGGGAAUUUAGGAAACUUUCCGUAUUAAAUAGUGUGAUGUGUGCCUGUGGUUGAGGAAUUGCAUUGAUAUUGAACUGUAUUUGCAUCAAAUCUGACUCGUUUUAAGUUCCAAACGAUCCAUUUUGAAGAUUUCCAGUUUCUUCCCCUUAAUUCCCAUGGAACAUUUCCCAUUUUGAGAAUUACCAGGAAUUCUGCAUCUCUGAUUCUGUUACUUUUAUCUCAUCACAUCAUAAAAUACAGUAUAUAUUAUGUGUACAUAGCCUUUCAGUGGGUUCUCUUUGUGUUUUCAUGUCCUUUUUUUUUUUUUAUCAGUGAUUCUGAUCAUUGUGGUUAUUGUUUACAGUUGUGGAUUAUUUGCUACCAAAUUACAGAAUAAUCCGGAAUAAUCUAUAUGUUUAUGUGGGUAAAUAUUGAGACCACACCAGUUGCAGAGUAUGUAUGUCUGUAUGUAAUGUCUGUAUGUAUGUAUGUAUGUAUGUAUGUAUGUAUGUAUAUAUAUAUAUAUAUAUAUAUAUAUAUAUAUAUACAUAUACAUAUAUAUGUAUAUACACAGUACAUGUGUAUAUAUAAAGUACAUUGAAAUGUAUGCUAUGUUUCCACAUUUAAAUCUUCUGUCAUUGAACAAACACUUUUGUUGUCACAUGUGUACAAUUUACACUGAAACCUUUUUUUUGGUACAACAUCAGUUAAAUUUAUUUUAUAAAAUGUUCACUUGCUUGACAGUUGAACUGCCAGAAUUCUAGAAUUGUAACUGUUACUUAAAUAUAAAAUAAAAGUCUAAGAGCAAA